UGUCCUGCGAUCACCCAGCACAAGAGUACCAAGAGACGCGGACAAGAAAAUGUGACCACCGACCAAACAACCAAAACGAAAUGCAAGCUAUAUAUUCAUGAGUCUUGGCACAAGAUUACAUGAUUGCAGCCUAUUUAUAUUUCCCGGAAACCAACAAAAUGUCUGCAAGUUUUGAACACACCGCUAUGAAGAGCAGUUUCUCGCUGUCGUCACUGAGGAGCGCGCCCGCGCCGCCCGGCGGACCAUGCGAACAACUCGAGCGGCCUUACCAUAGCCUCACUAAGAAGAGGAAGGAGCCGUGUAGAGAAGCCUGGCGCCGGAGUUGGGGCUCGACAGCGAGUGGCUGCAGCGCCGGCGACGAUCUAUGGCCGCUACUGCAACGACACUACGACUACAUCAUGGAUAACCAGAUCAUCGACAGUUGCAAGGAAGCAAACGGCGAAUUACUAUCACAUAAUCCGUCAGCUUUGCUGUCUGGUCCGUGUCUACUGAACCCAACAUCGGGGUUCAACAGACAGUGGUCGCUGAAUCAGCUCGUAUCCGAAUUCGACGAGCUCUGCCAGUGGCUGACUCACGUGCAGGAAGAAAUAUAUUCUAGUCCCGAGAAUUUGUCUAACUGGAAGCUUAGAGCGAAUCGUAUGGCAGAAUUGGUGGCGGUCGAGCCGCGGCGUGCGAAGUUCGUUGAACAAGCGAAUGCUAUACUGGAGAGGAUACCUGAAGCCAACGGAGAGGUGACCUGGCGUAUUGAGCACUUGAGGAUCAAGUGGGAAGCCCUUCGUCUGCUGCUCAGUCCGGAACAACCGCAUCUUGACGGCGAGAAUCCUGAUACAGUUGCAAAGGAUCAACGGACCGACAUCAUUUAUUGCAAAAAGAAAGCCGGUGAUAUGGGAGCACACACCGCCCACGAGCUACGUUGCCUUCGUAGAUGGUUGCACAGCAUGGAAGGCCGCCUUCCACCACCCUCGCUUGCUGCAGCCCGCUCAGCCUCCCAUCACGAGCUACUCAGGAAAUUGAGAGAGCACCAGGUAUUACAACGCGACGUGGAAUGUCAUGGACGUAUAGUCAGCUCAGUGGUGCGGUUGUGCCGCGGCGGUGACGCAGCCCGCGCCCUAGAACGACGCUGGCAUCUCCUGUACCUCCGAGCCAUCGAGUGGCAGUGUCACCUAGAGGCCUGUUUGACCAAGAUUAACACUCAGGGUGGAACGUCAAUUGAAGCUGUAAGUGACAGUGAUGACGAACCGGCCCUAAAACAACCGAGACUCAGCAGAAAAGGCUCUCCGCGGAGUCCAAGAAUACCGAGAAGUCCACGUAGACAACGCACUCCGGUUAAUGCUCGCUGCAGAGAAAACUCUACUGACAGUCGACAGUCAGCAUCAGAGGAGGAACAAGAAUAUGUACUGACGUAUACGUGGAGGGGAUUCGGAUCUGACUGUGAAUCGGAACUGAUGAGGGAACAAAGCAACAUGGCAGACGAGAGGAGAGUACCCGACUCGUUUGAGGACAUGGACGUAAGAACCACUGACCAAACUGUACCUGUCACUGUUGACCAACUUGACGGCCUCGAUAUAAACAGCUCAGUUAUUAUAGAGGAGAAACUCAAAACGCCACCGACAGUGAUUAAACGUAAGAAACCAAUAGACACGUCGAAAUUCAAUCAGACCGAUCGAAAAUCCAAACAUCUAGCAAUCUUCUACUUCAAACACCACGAUACGGAUUCAGACAGACAAGUUAUUGAAACGGACGAAAAAAGCCAAGAGGAAUCUUCCGAAGAAGAAUGGACGUACGUUGGAGGUGCUAAAAUAGCCAACGAAGACUCAACUGAUUUGAUGACGUCAUCUGUGGAAAUACAAUGUGAGCUACCAGUUGAUAAUCAGAAAGACACACCGGCAUCUCCGAAACUGAAACUAGAAUCAUCGACGCCUGAUUUACUGCGAGUCGAAAAUACUAGAUGUAAAGACAUAGAGAGAUUAGUGAACCAGGCCGAAGAAAUGGUUCAUAAAAAGGCUAUGGCAAAGAAGAAGGGAAUUAGGAACUUCAAGCCAUUGAGCUUGGAAACUGACGGGAAAAAUGUAAGCAGGAACAAAAUGUCCAGGAUCAAGGAAUGGCUGAAUCAAAGUCCGGAUGGAAAGAACGAAAACAAUCAGAACACGGAAAGCUAUGAUGCGUCUGGCGAAUACACAACGGAAAGCGAAGUGGACACAUCACUCACAUCUGAAGAACGGAACCUACACUCCUCCAUGGAUAUGAGCACCUCCACUUGUACAGUUACGCCGACACAUCAUGCCAAGGUUACAUUAAGAAAGAAACGCGCCGGUAACAGCACUAGGCCUUGGUCCGUAUCGUGUCUGUCUCAACUGAGCGGUGCGGGCGCAUCCCUAGCCGCCACGCCGACAGCGGCGGACGCGCCGAACAUGACACACAACAUGUCCAUAUCGGAAUCUGCGCUAAACACGCUAGCCUCCCCGCAUACAGUCACGCCUUCGAACUCUAACUCGAAAUUAAGGGGCAGUUCCACAACUGUACAGGGUCACGUAUCAAGCACGAACACAAUGACGGAAGCCUGCACGUCGUGCGUCGAAGCCAACGACAAACAGUGCUGGUUACGGCGCAAGCGUUUCAAGCUCCGCCGCCACAACGCACCGCAAAAUUCCAGGAGGGAGAGGCUGGUCAAGUCUCUGUCGUUCUGCGGAAGGCUCAGCCCUGAAAUAGAAGAUAAAAAUGAGAGGAGCGCCGCGAGUGACCCGGCUACAAGAAAGAGCAGGUUCGACACGACCUCAACCUCGGGCAACGACAGCGACGAGGAGCUGAUAAAGCAACAGUUGGCAGCGAUGGCGAACCUACGCAAGAGCAUCGAGAAGACCCACAUAUCGACACGCGAAGACGGUGCCAUCCCGGAGCAGAACGAACAAAACGAUCCAGAAAACACGUCCAAACCCGAAUUCAAACUCGGCCCGGCCGGCGGAACGGUUCGACCGAGGUUGGCGAGGAGCUUGGAAAGGGAACGGAACUUCUUGGCGCUAAGCCUCGGCGAUCCGAACCAGCUCUGGGAUCUGAGUUUGGACAAAGAUUCGGACGUGGACAAAAGCGUGACGGCUGGCACAGAAGAGCACAGCUCGUUCUCGGAACAAGCCUGGGACUUUUAUCAAGAAAAAUACAACUCUGAACCUUACUCCGAAGCCCCAGAUUCUGACGCCGCACGUCGGUUGCUCGAGUUCGGUGACGACUACCGAGCCUUUUUGGAUUCACAGUCGGACUGCUGCUCUAGCUUGUCCGCACAACCAGAACACGAUCAGAGCCUCAGUGGUACUCGAAGAAGGCGACCUCCCUCCGAAAUGUCCAGGGAGAGAAGCUUACCGCGUCACAAGCGUCCCACGAGAACCUCCCCGGUCGAAACGCCUUCUAGAAAGCCCAAAAAGUCGAUGUCCAGCGCUGAACGCAAAAAAACAUUACUCGACAGCCUAGAGAGAUCGAGGAACAACACUAGUCUAGAGAGCAACGACGGAGUCCGGCGCCGGAAGCCAUCGGACAUGGAACGGAAGAAACACUCACCAGAAUUCGACUUGCUCAACGUGCAGGCUCUCGGCCGCCGACGUCACAGCUCCAACAUGACCAGCGACGAGGUGAACAGCUCGCUCGAGUACACCGAAGUGAAUAACAGACCGGACAUUCUGGACUCGCUGAACCGACGUCGGAGGACCGAGAAAGACGGGGAGGCGGAGCUGCAAAAGGUCGCGCUUUCUGAACUGAGGCGGAGAUCCACAGAGAGCAUCGACUCUGAGGACGAGUCGUCGAGUCCCAAGAAGCACAGCCGAAGGACGUGGACGGACGAAUCGGAGUCGGAGGCGGAGGAAGUGAGGUCCCUGGUGCGGCGCUCGAGCUCGGCGCUGGACGCCGCCGAGGCGCUGCUGGAGCGGCACGAGGCCUCGCCCGACCUGCUGCGCGCCUUCGACUACACGGAGGUCGUGACUCGUUGUCGCGAAAAUAUCAACUUACUGGAAGCGAGUUUGGCUGGUGGUUCCCUUUCUGCGACAUUGCAGCGCGAUGUUAGAGCGGUGUCGGCUCGUUGGUCGGCUCUGCGUGCAGCCGCCACUCGUCGUGGUGGAGCCAGAAGACUCCGCAGGGAAAUGGCAGCGCUUCGGGAAACGCUCGACGAUAUCUGUGACCCUGCAGACUGCGCUCCCCAACCGCACACAAGAGCUCAACUACACAGGAGAAUCGAAGAGUUAAAGGAUCGCCUAUCGCGUCUUUUAGAAUGCAAAGUUUCAAUGUUGAAAUUGACGGUCUCUGUACGUCGGACUCUCGGCGAGAUGGAGUCAGAUGAUAGCGGUCUCGCUACUGAAUUGGCAGCGUUAUUAUCCGCAUGGGAUGAUGCGCAUCAACGGACUUCUAAUGAACUUCUCUCCUUGGAAAAAGCAAUAUGUGCUUGGGCCGAAUGGGAGGGUGCGCUCCGCGAACUUCAAGGCGAAUUGAGGGGAGAUCUAGCUACUUUGGAGGCAUUGCGUGAUCGUGGCACAAUCGUUGGUGACCAAACCGAAGUCGCCACUCAGAUCAAACAAUUGGCCGCAUCUCUUAUAGAGAAAAAGAAGGGUAGUUCAACAUGCGACUCCCUCUCGGACUCUGGUAUAUCUGACGGAGAUAGUGAAGGUGUUGGCAGACGGGCGAGACGUCUGGGUGCUCUGAGAGAGCUGGCGCGUCGUUUGCAAGCGACUUUAGCUCCGAAUUCCCCAGCACACAGGGCUAUUGCCAAGCGUAUGGAACAAACCGAAAACGAAGUACGCACCUUACAAGCGUCUUGUAAAGCGCUGGUUGAACAAAACAUACCGGAACUUAAAAUUGACGAUGACAUAGAAAAUAACGUCGGCCCAGUAGCUGGCAGUAAAACUGGCUCGGGCGAUCCCGACUACAGCCCUCGGGGUGGAUGGGUGUGGCGUGUAUUACGUUCAUCUCUCCCCAUCCAACUGUGCCUUGUCGCUUUAUUGUUAGCCGCUUGGUUGGUUGAACGUCCACGAUGCUGCGAUGCUCUUAACUCUCUUGCCCAAUCGUUAACUCCUCAACUAAGAUACGUUCGAGGACCUCCUCCAGUUUGAGAAGCAAGAUAAACAAAGUUGUGGUUAAUUAAGCUAGAAUUCUAGCAGGAUUUUAUGGAUAUAGACACGGCAAAGGGUUAUAGGCACAUCCCAGUAGCACAAUUUGUGUGAUGCACUUUUGUAUUUGCCAUCGAGUGUGUUCCGAGUUUUAGCUACGUAAAUGACGAAUGGUAUUUAGACAAUAUCUAAUUCAAUUUAAGAGAAAAGUAGAUUUUUCUUAAGGAUGUAUGUGACUAUAUCUAGAUGGUUUUUGAUGACGUAAUGAAAUGCCUGUUUUAUAUCUUUAUUUAAUAAUUGAAAGUUUAAAUAGAGAAAGGACAGUAAAUAGGUUUGAUUGACAUUUACUAACAUAUAGUUAUGGAUGUACCUUAAGGUAUAAACGUAGUAGAAGAAUAAUGAGUGAUAGUAGAACGAAAGACUAAGCGGGUCGCUAUCACGACGAACUCGCCGACAUUAGCUUAAGAGAACCGUAAAAUUCAAAUUGUUGCUCACAGCAAAAAAAGUUCAAAUAAAUAAAAAUGUUCCAAAAAAAAAAAAAGAUUGUCUGUAUCAGACGAAGUUCAAACUAGUUUUGUAUUUUAGUAUUGAUUUUAUCAUAAUACUAACAUUUAACGAGAACGUAGGCUAGAAAGCAUGCCUAUUUUAGUACAAUUAUUUUUUUUAGAAUACUAAGAUAAGAAUGCGAGUGUGAGUGAUCUUUCUAAAGAAAAAAAAAGACCUACAUAUCUUUAUAGGCUUUUAUAGAACAGCUAUACACUGUUAAGAGAUACUAGUGCGUUUUCAUUUAUUCUAAUUAAAAACACUACAAAACAAAUCGUUCUUUAAGCUCCACAGAAAGAAAAGACUGAUAAAAUGUAAAUUGCAAUGUUAACUUUUCAUAAGUUGGUCAAAACUGUAUUGCCAUUUUACCUAGUACCUUAUUUAUAUAUCUAUUAAGAUUUUCCAUUUCGUUAACAUAUACAAUUACUUGUUUUUAAAUAGCAACCUAAUUCAUUCUAUAGAAACAAUGAAGUCAAUGUAAUUAAACACAAAUCAAAACAUUUUGUUCUUCAAAAUCCGGACUGAACAUUUAAUGUACCUUAACUAUAAUAAAAAAAGAAAUAUGUAUCCACUCUCAGCUAGUUUUAACUAGUUUAAUAUCAAAUAUCUCCAUUACUGAAAGAAAAAAUGCCUGAAACGUUAUGAUACUUUCAAAUGAUUAUUUAUAUACAUUUAUGUUCCAACACAUACAACAUCAUGUGUAAAUAGAACUCUGUUCAAUUCUCUUCAGAAAAUAAUUUCCGGUUUUUAUAGAUUUUGCUUUUGAACAUUUUGCCAUUUCACAAACUAUACAGUAUUAUAUUACACCUUUGUGCACAGCUAGUGAUUUAUGUAUUAAGUUAACGAAGAUUUUUUAGCUGUCUUAACAUAGAGAAAAUAUAUAGAUUAAAUGAUAUACAAUUUUUAUAUUAAAAUGAAGCACAUUAAAUAAAGAUAUUUUUGACUCAAAAUACAAAAUGAAAACUGGCUGAGAAAAUAAGGAAGAUAUAAACGUUGCAAUCCCCUUUCAGAACACAUAACCAUUCAUAGCAAAGUCAUUCUUCACAGCUGCCAUACAAAAACCAGAAGAAAACUGGCUUUGCUCAAUUUGGAAAAUCCACUCUUAAUCCUGACCACAAACAUAAAACGCUUAUAUUAUCUCAGAAGUUAAUUAGCCAAUUGGUUAUUCAAAACACAACAUGUGUGAUUUAAUUGCAUUCUUCAUGAGGUCUUUUUGUUUUAAUUAAAGUUACCCCUAAGCGACCUAAUUGUAAUUUGAACUACUUUUAUCAGUUUUAAAAGAAUAAUAUGAUCAAAUAGUUUUAGCCCAAAUUUCACAUAAACAGAUUCAAAUAUACAGAAUUACUCAUGUUUACAGAUUAAACAAGACUGACAAAAGAAUUAACCAUGAUUUUGUAAGUGUGGAAAAUGUAUAUUUUAUGUUCUCUCCAUUACAUUUAAAAUAAAAUUUAUCUCCUAUUCAUCUUUAGCUAUUAAUUCAUGAUUGAGAAACAAUUUAAACUCCUGUUAUUUACUUGAUUUGUGCACAAUUAGGAGAAUACUUUUCAGUUUUCCUGAACAUUGAUAAAAUAAAUACAAAAUGAAACCAUAAAAAAUUAUUCAAACAUUCUUACGACUAAGAAAACUACGAAACUGAUUAUUAAAGAAUAAAAAUCUAUAAGUAUAUUUGAUUUUGUGAAAUAAAAAUCAAGGACAUUAAUUUUAUUAUGUAUUAUUGAAUUGUUUAAUUGAAAUUGAAA